UCUCUGUCCUCUCUCUAAAUAUCUCUCUCUCUCUCUCUCUCUCCGGAAUCGACAUGUCACUCAGGCGGAAAAUCAAUCAUCGUUCCUUCUUCUCACUUUCGAAAUCUUAUAAAGAAUCUAAAUCAACAGAAAUCACAUCCAUCACUAGUAGUAGUAAUCAUGAGGAAGAGAAGCCAAGGGGGGAAAAUCAGCUGCGGCAUCAGCUGCGAAACGGCGUCGUGUCGCCUGGGGAAUCGGAAUCGGAAUCGGAAUCGGGGCCGUGGACGGGGAUGCUUCCCGAGCUUCUGGCUGAUAUAAUCAAUAGAGUGGAAUCGAGCGAGAAUCAAUGGCCACAGCGCCGAAACGUCGUCGCAUGCGCCUGCGUCUGCAAGCGGUGGAGGGACGCCACCGCUGAGGCAGUCCAGACCGCCUCCCUCCGCCGCCUCGGCACAAUUACCUUUCCCUCUUCUCUCAAAAAGCCAGGGCCUCGGGACGGUCCACUUCAAUGCCUCAUAAAACGCGACAAGAAGAAUUCAACGUUUUACCUCUAUCUUGCUCUCACACCAUCAUUCACACACAAUGGGAAGUUUCUCUUGGCAGCACGGAGAUACAAAAAUGGGGCACGCACCGAAUACGUCAUAUCUUUAGAUCCCAAGGAUUUAUCUCAAGGAAGUAAAGCCUAUGUUGGAAAAUUAAGGUCAGAUUUUCUAGGCACCAAUUUCACAGUAUAUGAUAGCCAGCCACCACACAACGGAGCCAAACCAUCAAACAGUAAAUCUGGGCGCCGUGUGGCAAGCAAGCAAAUAAGCCCGCAAGUCCCAGCUGGAAACUUCAAAGUGGGGCACGUCUCGUAUAAAUUUAAUCUCUUGAAGUCAAGAGGGCCUCGGAGGAUGGUGUGCUCACUCACGUGUCCAGUCUCGAGUGAGCAGCAGUCAUGUGACACCACCUAUCAAGACCAUUUGAAAAUGAAGCAGCCCGAAUGCUCCAGCCCAGGGCACACAAUUUUGAAAAACAAGGCGCCAAGAUGGCACGAGCACUUGGAAUGCUGGUGCUUGAAUUUCCAUGGCAGAGUAACCGUGGCAUCAGUGAAGAACUUCCAACUGGUUGCGACAGUCGAUCAAAGUCAGCCCUGUGGGAGGGGUGAUGAGGAAACAGUGCUGCUACAGUUUGGCAAGGUAGGAGAUGAUACUUUCACAAUGGACUAUCGGCGGCCUCUCUCAGUCUUCCAGGCUUUCGCGAUCUGCUUGACCAGUUUUGGGACGAAACUAGCCUGUGAGUAGCACGAUUUGUUGCGAUUUCCGGGAAGUGUAUGUGCUAGUAAUCAUCUGCUCAUCGUGUAAAUGUGGUGAUUGUGUAUGGGUUGUUAGGUUGUUACUUCAGAAAUUCGGGUUUGGAUAUCAGAACACAGUUUCACCUUUUUAAUACAGGAAGCUGUUGCAUAUUUUACUGUGAA